AUGAAGUGCAUCGCAGCUGUAGUCAUGAUGGUGCUGGCCGUGUUCGGAGCUGACGCAGGGCUUGCACCGCUGCUCUACUCGGCCCCACUGGCCCUCCAAACGUCUCAUACGACAUUUAUUCAGAGCAAUCCGUCUGCGAAGUUGCUGGCCAGUGCUCCUGCUCCGUUAGCCUAUGCCUCGGCUCCUUGGGCGUAUGGCGCUGGUCCAUUCCUCUAUACCGCCCCGCUGGCGUACAGUGCACCGGCCCUGCUGUACCAGAAGGAGGCUCGCUAUCUGGCCGCCAACCGGGGUGCCAUUCAUGAGGCGCCUCUGCCCGGACAUGCCUUCUCCCAGCAGCAGCUGAACCUGGAUGCUGCACCAGGAUCGGAUUAA